CUUCUCGAUCGGCGCGCUCUUACUUCAAGUUUCUAUCGCUUAUGGGGCUAAAGUAUUCCCGGCACGAGGUAUCGUUCCUACACUUGUUGAAGCUGUUGCCAGCAAAAUUGAAGAUAGAUCAAUUGUUGCAAAGAAAGUAUACUAUGGGCUUGCCAAACGCUACGGCCCAGUGGGUCCUGCGCCCGCUUCAUCCUCAAACUACUGCGUGUUCAUGCCACUUGCUACUCAAAUCUUGAGAUCAUUAAGGAACAUCAAGUUCAUAAGGAUGCUUUUAAUCAACCACUGUACGGCCACGCAAUUGGAGUCCGGAGUUGAGCUAUGCUUGGCUGGAAAUCGCCGCUUCAUACAGCCUCUACUUUCAUCAGCAGCCUUCGACUCCGGUGGUUCCCUCAGCAACCUCUGGUGUGCCAGAGUAUCAGCUGCCGUUUGUGGAAGCGGCACAAAACACGUCCCCCGCUUCGACCAAAUCACCCUGUGCACAUUCUCCGGACAUUCCGGAGCAAUCCGACGCAUCGAGUCGCUGUCGAACGAAAAUAGCUUUGUGACAACGUCAAGUGACAAGACGGUCAAGCUAUGGUCGAUCAGACAUGACCAAGAGACAUCCCAAUGCCAGUGGACUUACAAGGGACAUUCCGGAACCGUCCGUGAUGUACGACUCUUGGCAAGUGGUCUGAUUGCUUCGACCGAUGGUUAUUUGCAU